AUGGCUAUGGCACCUCGGGCCCUGGCACUUCUGCUGCCCCUGGUGCUCAUCCUGCUGAGCCCGGCACCGACUCCCACCCUGGGCGGAUGCCCAUCGGCUUGCCGGUGCUCUUUUGCCAUGCUGCAGUGCCUGGAACCCAAUGGCAUAACCAGCAUCCCGCCGCUUGCUUUGCAAGAGAGCGAGAACGUGACAGAGAUUUACAUAGAAAACCAAGCCGGCCUGGAGAACAUAACAGAAGUCGACCUUAUCUUCUACAGAGAGCUGAAAAACCUCACGGUCACAUUUUGCAAGCUGAGGUUCAUCUCUGCCUACGCCUUCCAAAACAACUUCAAGCUUCAGUAUGUAAACUUGGCAUCAAACUCUCUGGAGCACAUCAGCUGGAAGGUGUUUCAUUUUCUGCCUCUGCUUAACCUCGUUUUGAGAGACAACCCUCUCAUUUGCUCAUGUGAGCUCUACUGGCUGAAGCAGUGGCAAGAACGCGGUGACCUGGAUAACCAAAUGUUGUCUUGCUUGUCCGAUGGCGAGAAAAUAUCCCUUUUCAAUUUGAUGAUAGAAAACUGCAGCCUGCCUGAGGUGAAGAUUACCGCCUCACAGGAUAAGAUUCUGGAAGGAGGCAACCUUACAUUCGUAUGUGAGGUGGAAGGAAGUCCCACUCUCACCGUGAGAUGGCAGACCGAGGCCCUUCACUCUCACUUUUUUACCAAGGAGAGCAGAGACUCUGCGCUGGAGCUGGUCCUUUACCUCACCAAUGUUUCCUCCAAGGACAACCUACACAACCUGACUUGCGAGGCCGAGAACCAAGCUGGGCCAGGGGAGAGGAUGGUGCAAUUGGACAUUGAGUUUCCAGUCAGAAUAAUCUUCCUGAAAGAUGCUGUGCCGCAGCACCACUGGUGUUUUCCGUUUAAAGUGGACGGCAAUCCCGAACCGAACAUCACCUGGCUUUACAACGGCAAGAAAUUAAUCGAGACCAGAUACAUAUACACGCAGCCCAUCAUAGAUUCAGGCGAUGGAUCGGUGAAGCACGGAUGUCUCUUCCUUGACAAGCCAACCCAUGUCAACAAUGGCAACUACACUCUGAUUGUGGAGAACAAACUGGGAAGAGAUGAGGCCACCGCACUUGGGUUGUUCAUGGACAACCCCUUUGACAAUUUUGAGGGGAUAAUUCCAUGUCCUACAAACAAAUCAGACAUGGACGUCACAGAAAACCCAGAGAGUCGGAUGUAUUUGGUGUAUGUGGCCGUGGGUCUCGGUGUGUUUGCUUGCAAACUUCUGCUCAUCAUGGUUUUGGUUGUCUACAAAUGUGGCCAUCAUUCCAAGUUUGGAAUUCACAGAUCAUCAGUUCUGGGGAAGGAGGAUGACCUGGCCGUGUCACUGCGCUUCAUGAACUUUGGUACCAGCCCGCCUUCCUCCGAUGAAGACUCUGGCUUGUCUAGCUUCGUAGAGAAUCCACAGUACUUCUGCAGCAUAAUCAAAGACAAAGACAUGUGUGUCCAGCAUAUUAAAAGGCAGGAUAUUGUUUUGAAGUGGGAGCUGGGGGAAGGAGCGUUUGGCAAAGUCUACCUGGCAGAGUGUGCAAACCUCAGCCCCGACAACGACAAGAUGCUCGUAGCCAUCAAGACUCUGAAGGACGCAAAUGAGUCCACCCGGCAGGACUUCCAGCGGGAGGCGGAGCUGCUGACGGUGCUCCAACACCAGCACAUUGUGCGGUUCUACGGCGUCUGUACCGACGGAGAGCCGCUGGCCAUGGUGUUUGAAUACAUGAGGCACGGAGACCUGAACCGCUUUCUUCGAGCUCACGGCCCUGACGCUCACAUCCUGGAUGAGUCCAAGAUGCCCCCGCUGGGUGAGCUCACUCUGCCUCAGAUGCUGCACAUCGCUGCUCAGAUUGCCUCAGGCAUGGUCUACCUCGCAUCGCUGCACUUCGUCCACCGUGACCUGGCAACUCGCAACUGUCUGGUUGGAGAGGGUCUGGUGGUCAAAAUCGGAGACUUCGGCAUGUCCAGAGACAUCUACAGCACAGAUUACUAUCGGGUGGGUGGACGUACAAUGCUCCCAAUCCGCUGGAUGCCCCCUGAGAGCAUCAUGUACAGGAAGUUCACGACGGAGAGCGACAUCUGGAGCUUUGGCGUGGUCCUCUGGGAGAUCUUCACCUAUGGGAAACAGCCAUGGUAUCAGCUGUCCAACAGCGAGGCCAUUGAAUGCAUCACGCAGGGACGAGAACUGGAGAGGCCACGCACCUGCCCGAAGGAGGUCUACUUGCUGAUGCAGGGCUGCUGGCAGAGAGAGCCCCAGCAGAGGAUGGUCAUGAAGGACAUCCACAGCCGUCUGCUGGCCCUGGUCAAGAACCCCCCGGUUUACCUGGAUAUCCUGGGCUAG